AUGAUCAGCGAGGAGGCGAUGCAGAGGAUGAAAACUAAGGUCCAACAAAGAGUAGGACGGACUCCCCCUGCUACCUGGGCCAAGGUAGGGGUGGGUGUGUUGGUUGGAGGGGUUGCCAUUGGCUGGAUAGCCUUCCCAUACGUACUGGACAAGGUCGUAGCAAGUCAAAUAAACCUGGCCCAAGGGAAGGACUCUCGAAGACUUUGGGUUCAGUUACCAACUCUAGACUGUAUGAUCUACGUAUUUAAUGUUACAAAUCCGGCGGAGGUUAUGAGGGGAGCAAAACCCAUAGUGCAAGAGAUCGGGCCAUACUGUUACAAAGAGAUAAAGGACAAAACAGACUUCGUGGAAGACCCUGCAGCAGACACAAUAUCCUACAGUGCUCGCAGCACGUGGUACGCGGACCAGAAGAGUCCCGGCUGUCCCACACCCCAGCUGACUGGGGACGAGGUUAUCACUGUGCCCAACGUGCCCAUAUUGAGUAUUUUGCUGAUAGCAGAGAAAGAUUUUCCCGCGCCUUUUUUGACCCUGGUGAGCCAAGCGCUUCCCGCCAUUUUUGGCAGAGUCUCCGACAUGUUCAUGCGAGUCACAGUCAAAAGUCUGCUGUUCGAUGGAAUCCUGAUCAACUGUACCGCCACUGCUCUCUAUCCUAGAGCCGUCUGCAUCGCUCUCAAACAGAACUCUAGGGCUCUCAAGAAGAUCUCCGAGAAUGUCUACAGCUUUUCCUUCUUCGGCGCUAAGAACAACACCCCAGAGGAGUUCCGCUACACGGUGAAGCGUGGGACAGUGGAUGGACAAGAUAUUGGCAAGAUGGUUGCCAUAGAUGGCAAACCAGAGUUGCCAUUUUGGAGAGGAGACUGCAACAAGAUACAAGGAACUGACGCCUCUGUCUUCCCACCCUUCAGGAAAAUGGAGAACGGCAGUCUCAUGGCGUACUCUAGCGAAAUUUGCCGGUCAAUCUUUGGCAUAUUUGAGGGGGAGGCUGACUACAAGGGUGUGAAUGGAUACGUCUACGCUGCCUACCCCUUCGGUGACGUGGAGACCAACCCGGGAGACAGAUGCUUCUGCUCAGCAGACGACAGGUGCAGGAAGAAGGGGGUCCUUGAUGCGCUUAAGUGUCAAGGUGCACCUAUAGUCGUGUCUCACCCUCACUUCUACGAAGCCAGCCAACAAUAUCUGGACGGGGUUGUAGGACUCAAACCUGACAAGGAAAAGCACGGCAUUAAAAUUAUAUUAGAACCUAUCAGUGGCAGCCCAUUGGUCGCAAGGAAACGCAUUCAGUUCAACAUUGAGUUGAAACCAAUCAGAUUUGUACCCGUGACUCAGCGUCUGCGACGUUCAUUGGUUCCUCUGUUUUGGGCUGAAGAGCUGUUGGAUCUAGAUGGCAACUUGAUGGGAAUGCUGGAAGCGUCUUUGUUUCGACCAAUCAGAGCCGUUGAUGUCAUCAAGUGGCUCUGUGUCGUCGGAGGAGUCGGACUUGGCAUUCUGGGAAUUGUCCUCAAGAUCAGAAAGACCCGAAGGGACAAAGUCCACGAAAUCAGUGGAGGUAACGAAACCGAAUUUGACUACAAAAGCAAACCUAAAUCUGCAGUAAAACCUGAUAAAGUUGACAGCGAAACGGAAGUACUUGAUCCUUUUUAUGUUAGAACGCAGGACAAUUAUGGGAACAAGGAUAAAAUCAAGAAUGGUCUGCAAGCUGUGAUUUCGACUAAGAGUGCCCCAACAAUGACCAAUUCGAGACCAACGAGCUUUGCGAAACUAGAUGUACAACAGCUAUUGAAUCAAGGUAAUAAGGGUGUUGUAAGCAAGUUUAUUUCAGGCCAGGAAGAAUCGAAUGACGCACCUUUAUCUGUAAAUGAUGACAAGAGAAGUAACACUGAAGAAAGUCCUCAGAGUUCAAUUGCCAACAGUGGAGACACUGCAAAUAUUAAUACUUUAACUCAAUACACAGGAGUAGCUUUACAAACCCCAUCUAGUUCCGCUCUACUUCAAUCACCAAAGACGAUUGCGUCUCUUGAACAUCAAAUGUCUUUUCAAAGUGCUGAUGCUUCUAAUAUCCUUUCCUCCCCUGGAAACCCUACGCAUGAAUUACCGAUUGCAGCUGAAGCCGAAAACAAUAGAGAGAGUGAGGUUACAUUCGAAAAGGUUCCCCAACUUAUUGUAAAUAACAACAUUGAUACGUCUACAAUAGGCAUAUCAGAGCAAAAUGAAAACCCACAAAUUGACGUUGAGAGUCAGUUUAUGCAGAUGAAGAACGCAGUUGAAAAAUCUUUUCCCGACGAAAACGAUUUGCAAAUCAUUGAUUCUACUGAUAUAAAUGGCAAUGAAAACACAUUAAACGUCCACAUUAUGGAUGAUAAAACCUAUGACAACAAAGAGAAUGACCCCCCAGGAAGUGAAAGUGCUAAUAAUGCAACGGAGGAAGAAAUCAAAGCAGUUGAAGAUGACAUUAAUAGGUUAGUGGCAGAAAUGGCUGAACUACUACCACGAAACAACAGCUUUGGAGCUCGUGAUCAAUAA